AUGUCCAACAACGAGCUUGCCGCCUCCUAUGCCGCUCUGAUCCUUGCCGACGACGGCAUUGAUAUCACUGCCGAUAAGCUCAACACCCUGAUCAAGGCCGCCGGCGUCGCUGAUAUCGAACCCAUCUGGGCGACCCUGUUCGCAAAGGCCCUUGAGGGCAAGGAUGUGAAGGACAUGCUCCUCAACGUCGGCUCAGGCGGCGGUGCCGCUGCUGCUCCUGCCGCUGGUGGUGCUACCGGUGCCGCUGACAGUGGCGCCGCUGCCGAUGCUCCCAAGGCUGAGGAGAAGGAAGAGGAGAAGGAAGAGUCCGACGACGACAUGGGAUUCGGUCUAUUCGACUAA